GGUGCCGGUGCCCGGGGCCCGGUGGCGGCGGGGCCGGGGCCGCUCCGCGGUGGCGGUGCCGGUGCCCGGUGCCGGUUCCCGGUGCCCGUUCCCGUCCCGUUCCCGGUGUCCCGGCCCGGUGCCGGUCCCGGCCCGAUGCUGGGCUGCCUGGGGGCGCUGUCGGCCCCGCGGCGGCUCCACGACGUCACCAACCGGCGGGGAGCGCUGCUGGGGGGGCGCCUCGGCGUGGAGGCGCCGCGCAGCCCCCCCCCGGAGAUGGUGCCCGGCUCGCCCUCGCCGCCGCCGCCUCCGCGCGUCUACAAGCCCUGCUUCGUCUGCAGCGACAAGUCCUCGGGCUACCACUACGGCGUCAGCUCCUGCGAGGGCUGCAAGGGCUUCUUCCGCCGCAGCAUCCAGAAGAACAUGGUGUACACGUGCCACCGCGACGGCCGCUGCCACAUCAACAAGGCCACGCGCAACCGCUGCCAGUCCUGCCGCCUGCAGAAGUGCUUCGACGUCGGCAUGUCCAAGGAGGCCGUGCGCAACGACCGCAACAAGAAGAAGAAGGAGGCGCGGGGGGGGGAGGCGGCCGGGCGCGAGCUGAGCCCGGCGCUGGAGGAGCUGAUCCAGAGGGUGCGCAGGGCGCACACCGAGACCUUCCCCUCGCUCUGCCAGCUGGGCAAGUACACCACGAACUCGAGCGCGGAGCACCGCGUGCAGCUGGACCUGGGGCUGUGGGACAAGUUCAGCGAGCUGGCCACCAAGUGCAUCAUCAAGAUCGUGGAGUUCGCCAAGCGCCUGCCCGGCUUCACCGCGCUCACCAUCGCCGACCAGAUCACUCUGCUCAAGGCCGCCUGCCUCGACAUCCUGAUGCUGCGGAUCUGCACGCGCUACACCCCCGAGCAGGACACGAUGACGUUCUCGGACGGGCUGACGCUGACGCGCACGCAGAUGCACAACGCCGGCUUCGGGCCCCUCACCGACCUCGUCUUCGCCUUCGCCGGGCAGCUGCUGCCCCUCGGCAUGGACGACACCGAGACCGGGCUGCUCAGCGCCAUCUGCCUCAUCUGCGGCGACCGCAUGGACCUGGAGGAGCCGCAGAAGGUGGAGCGGCUGCAGGAGCCGCUGCUCGAGGCGCUGCGGGUGUACGCGCGGCGGCGGCGGCCCCGCGAGCCCCACAUGUUCCCCCGCAUGCUGAUGAAAAUCACCGACCUGCGAGGCAUCAGCACCAAGGGCGCGGAGCGUGCCAUCACGCUGAAGAUGGAGAUCCCGGGCCCGAUGCCCCCCCUGAUCCGCGAGAUGCUGGAGAACCCUGAGAUGUUCGAGGAGGAGGCGCCACCCCCCCCGGCCCCCCCCGCAGACCAGGAUGCCCCCCCCGGCCCCCCCGCCUCGCCCUAAGGUGGGGGGGGAGGCGCCCACCGCUUCCAGCCCCCCCCAUACAACACAGCCGUUGGGGGGUGGGGGUGCACGGUGCCCCCCCAUUCCCCCCCCCCAAAAAAAAACUUGCUUUUUGCAAGGUGGGCGCUCCAGAGACUGACGGAGCCAGGCCCAGGGGGGGUCCCUGCGGCGCAGCCGUUGCCUUAAGCUGGGGGGGCCCGGGGGGGCCCCCCCCAUCCUCAGCUUCAUGCCAAAGGCCCCCCCCGCUGCCCCCCCCCCCAAGCUUCGGGAGGGCGCUUAAAGGAGAGGGCAACAAUGGACAGAAAUUGCCCCCCUCAAUUAACGACCGGCACCCCCAGGAGUGCCACGUUCCCCCCACACACCGUGCCCCCCCCAAAAAAAAAACGGGGGGGGGGCACAGCCAGGACUUUAUUUAUUCAUGUCUAGGAAGACAAAAUGAGACAGGGUGGAUUUGGGGGGGGGGGGGCCCGCUUCCCCCCCCCCGGGGGGUGCUGUUUGGGGGAGGGGUGUGCAGAUAGGACUCGCCCCCCCCAGCUGUACGGAGGGGGGGGCAUUUUAUUUGCUGGGUUAUUUUAUAUAAAAGCGGUGGUUGGGGGGGGGGGGGCUGCUUGUGGGUUUUGCUUUUCUAUGCUGUUGGGGUGGGGGGGGGGCCCAAAAUCCCCCCCCCUUGUCUUUGCCCCCCCCCCCUCGGGCACACAACACUACAGAGACCAAAGAUGGGGGCGCAUGGCGCCCCCCCACCCCCCCACCCCGCUGGAGUGGGGGUGUUCAAAGCCAUAAAGACCCCAAUGCCAUGGGGGGGCCCUGCCCCGUACCCCCCCUCCCAAAUCCCUCCCAGGGCAGCUUUACAAGGGGGGGGGGCGCUCCAAUUGCCCCCGGGACCAAAUUUCCCCCCCGUCCCCGAUGUCUGUUACCCCCGGCCUGGCUGGGUGUGUGUGGGGGGUGCCCCUGCCCUCCCCCCCCCAGCGCUGGACCCGCCCCCCCACGCCCCCCCCCUAAUUUUGGGGGUGCAGGGCUGGCGGGGGGCCUGUUACACUACACGGGGGGGUGCCCCCCCCCCGGGGCAGCACUUUUCUCCCGUUAUUUAUUCCUUUGCGUUUACACCGGGGCCUCCCCAAACCCCCGGACCCUGGGGGGGAGGUCCCGGGGGGGGGGGGGCGCCUCCCCCCCCCCCACACCCCGCUGUCGCCGCCCCCGGUGCCCGAGCUGCCCCCCCCCGCGGGAGGGGGCCCCGCAGCCAUGUUUACAGCUCGCCCCGCCCCCCCCGGGGGGGCCACGGGGCUUUUCUAUUUUUGCAAAAUAAAGAAAUGGAAACGAG